AUGAAAAGCACUUGUAAUUUUGAAAAAUUUACAAUAAAUGAAAAUUUACAGAGUGAAGAUAUUCAAAAUGCUUUAAAAGAUCAUAAAUUUAUAGAAAUUGAAGAAAUAGAAGAUUUUAUUAAUAAGUUUAAAUAA